AUGUUGUUUUCUACUUGUGUAAAUGCUAACGAUCAAUCCCUGGGACCUAGCGUCGUAGGAUGUCGGGGUGACUUCGACUUUACCGUCAAGUUCGAACAGCUUUUUUUCUCUCUCACGCCUUCGGUUAUAUUCAUUCUUUCAUCAUUAUGGAGAAUUUAUCUGCUUGCAAAAAGACCUACGAUCGUCGACGCUCCGUUGUUAAGACUGAUAAAACUUGGUGUUCUCGGUUUAUAUACUCUCCUAGAGGUUUCUUCGAAUGUCCUUAUUAAUGUUCUCUCGCUUGGCGCGGACAAUGUUGACAUUGCUUCUUCCGUACUUCGCCUUUUUACUGGCUUUUGCAUGAUUGGGUUAUCUUACUUUGAUCAUGAAAAGUCACCAAGGCCAUCGAUUCUUCUGGGCGCAUAUCUCUUUUGGACGCUCCUGUUUGAUAUUGCCCAGGUCCGUACGUUUUGGCUGGCUUCUCAGACUAGACCAGAGAUGGUCUUUUCCGCUAUUUUUACGGCUAUAUUGGUUACGAAAUUUGUUAUAAUCUUGCUUGAGGCUCAACGGAAAGUCAAAUGGGUCAUCUGGAAUACUAAAGAACAUAGCCCAGAAGAAACGAGCAGCAUAUUCGACCUAUGUAUUUACUCUUGGCUCAACGGGCUAUUUCUCGAAGGUUAUCGCAGGGUUUUGGAUAUAAAGGACUUAUAUCCGCUUGACCAGAACAUGGCUGCCGAUCGCCUCUCAAAAAUCUUUACCCAGAGAAUGAACGAUGCAAGGCUUAAGGGUCAUAAACCUAGUCUUAUCAAGAUUUUAGCUCGGACUCUUUUAGUACCUCUCAUACUCCCAAUUCCCGCAAGACUUGCCAGGAUCGGAUUCAUUUUCUGCCAGCCCCUAUUUAUAAGCAGCCUUACGACACGAUUGUCGCAAUCCGAAUCGGCAUUUCUAGAUAACGUUGGGUACGGCUUUAUUGGCGCCAGCAUCUGCAUCUAUUUCUCCAUUGCAAUUUCGACGGCGCUGUAUUGGUAUGCUCACCAUCGGGUGCUCUACAUGGCACGAGCCUGCCUCGUUACGGCCGUUUACGCAAAAGCUACAGAGGCUCUUGAAGACGAGAAUGCUUCUAUAACAUUGAUGAGUACGGAUGUAGAACAUAUCAUGAGUGGAUUUAAGUCUUUACAUGAAAUUUGGUCAAAUUUUAUUGAGGUUGGAUUUGCGAGUGUGUUAUUGUACAGGUCACUUGGCGCUGCAUUCGUGGCUCCUAUAAUUAUAGUCUUGAUAUGUGCAAGCGGAAUUGGUGCCAUCGCACGUUUUACGGGCAAGGGACAAAGAACGUGGGUAGCCGGCGUUCAAAAACGCGUUGGUCUCACCUCAAGGGUUAUUGCGACGAUGAAAAGCAUUAAACUCUCUGGUCUCACUCAUCCGAUUGCUCGUGCCGUCGAAAAGCUUCGAGUCGAUGAAAUAAAAGCAGGUCAGAAUUAUCGAACAUUACUACUAACAGCCGGAGUCUUUGCCUAUAUCCCUUUACUCAUCUCCCCAGCCGUGACUUUUGCAGUGGCCCGGAGAAGCCUAGACACCGCCAGGCUAUUUACUUCCGUAUCUUACCUUCUAUUAAUGACAUCUCCUCUUAGGAAUCUAUUCCGAACUUUACCUCAAUUCUUCGGAGCGCUAGCUUGCCUCGGCCGUAUUCAAGAAUUUCUGGAAAGAAAGUCACGAGAUGAUUUUCGCAUUGCGUUUACGGAAUCGCAAGAUUCAACAGAAAAGCCCUUCGUGGAUGAGACUUCAGCCUUGCUGGCUGCUACUAUAAAGGAUGGUAGUUUCGGUUGGGAACCAAAUAAGAUGGUUCUCAAUAAUAUCGAUGUUGAGAUCCUUGAAGGUUGUCUCACAAUGAUCGUAGGCCCUGUUGCAUCAGGAAAAUCGUCUUUAUGCAAAGCCUUCCUUGGAGAAAUACCGUACCAUCGAGGGACAGUCACGAUAACUAGCAAUCUCCAGCGUGUGGGCUAUUGUAGCCAGACACCGUUUCUUUCGAAUGGCAGCAUCAGGGAGAAUAUUAUUGGGUAUUCGCCAUUCGAUCCUGAGCGGUAUGCUGAGGUCGUUGACGGAACAAUGCUGGGCGUUGAUUUCGAGACGCUGCCUCUGAAGGAUAUGACGAAUGUCGGUAGCAAUGGUAUAACUCUUUCCGGAGGCCAGAAGCAACGUGUGUCACUAGCGAGGUGCCUUUACCUGCAGUCUAACCUCCUAAUUAUGGAUGAUGUAUUCAGCGGCUUAGAUGCAGACACUGAAGAUGUGAUAUUUCAGCGUGUGUUUGGGUCGAAUGGGAUCAUCAAAAGACGCCAAACAACCGUUGUACUCUGUACUCACUCUGUCCGUCAUCUUCCUACCGCCGCGCACGUUAUUGCUUUGGCUCCAGACGGAUCCGUCGCCGAGCAAGGUACAUUUGACGAUCUUAUGCUUAAUCGAAGCUAUGUUCAUAGUCUUGGUGUCCAAUCCUCAUCUGCAAGCCAGAUGGCCUGUGAAAAAGCCGAGUCCGAAUCCGACGCCCCUGAACCUUCGCAUAACUCAUUAGAAAAGAUACGUACACUGCCUCCCGUGCUGAAAAUAAACGAUAAGAGACGUCUCAUGGGCGACAAAGUAGCCUACAUGGUAUAUCUGAAGAGUAUGGGGAUGGUGCUCGGUACUUGUCUGAUCGUUUUAGGCAUGCUCUUUAGCUUCUUUUGCAAUUUUUCAAUAGUGUGGUUGAAGUACUGGUCGGAUGAUGCUACACUUUCAAAUCCGUCACACUCUUUUGAUUACUACGCAGGAAUCUAUGCUUUGCUCCAGACGAGCGCCUUGCUGACGUUGUUAUUCCUUGCAGUCCUAAUCUAUAUUACAGUUAUCAACCGGUCAGGAAAGUCUCUUCACGACGAUGCUCUGCGGACACUUACACACGCACCGCUAAGUUUCUUGACUACCACCGACCAAGGGAUCAUCACGAAUCUGUUUUCUCAAGAUCUUAACCUCAUCGACAGCGAUCUCCCUCAUGCUCUCUUUAACGUGAUGAACGCCGUACUUGUCGCCAUCGGCCAGGCGGCCGUUAUCGCUACUUCGUCGCCAUUCCUAGCAAUUAGCUACCCGUUUCUAAUAGCUGUAUUAUACGGAAUUCAAAAGUUCUAUCUUCGAACUUCGAGACAGCUCAGAUUACUAGAUCUAGAAGCGAAAAGUCCACUCUACACUCAUUUUCUUGACACGUCGAAUGGUGUCGUCACCCUUCGAGCCUUUGGUUUUAUCGCCAACGACUGUGCAAAGAAUAGAUACCUCUUGGAUACGUCCCAGCGGCCUGCAUACCUCCUAACUAUGAUUCAACAGUGGCUUGGCUUAGUGCUAAAUUUCGUCGUCGCUGUAAUUGCCGUUAUACUUACAGCCCUUGCUAUCAGCUUACGCUCGAACUCCGGCUUCACCGGCGCGUCUUUAAUAGCUUUGAUGGGAUUCGGAGAAACACUCACGAAUGUCGUCGCGUACUAUACGCUGCUUGAAACUUCGCUUGGUGCUAUUACUCGACUAAAGUCUUUCGAGAAGGACUCUGGAUCGGAGGACAAGGAUGAGGAGGAUAUUAUUCCGCCUGAGGAGUGGCCACAGCACGGGGAAAUCUCCCUUAAGGGUGUCUCAGCCGAUUACGGUGCCGAAAGUGCAGGCGAAAUAUCAAGUAUGGCACUGAAGAAUAUUCAACUCGAAAUUUCUCCCGGGGAAAAAGUCGCGGUUUGUGGUCGGACAGGAAGUGGCAAAUCGUCCCUCGUCGCCCUUUUGAUGAAACUUCUAGACCCAGUCGACGAUACACCCGAUCGCAUAUCCAUAGACAAUACACCUCUCCACCGUGUAGACCGGACCACUCUCCGACAACGUAUUAUUGUUAUUCCUCAGGAUAUUGUAUUUCUACCCGAUGGUUCUACUUUCCAGGAAAAUCUAGAUCCUUCCAAUGUUUCGACAGCCGCGGAUUCUAGAGCCGUCCUCGAAGCAGUGGGCUUAUGGACAUUUGUGCGCGAUCGAGGCGGGCUUAAGACAGGGCUGACAGCCAGCACGCUAAGUCAAGGACAGCGACAGCUCUUUUCUCUUGCUCGGGCAAUCCUCCGCAGACGUAUCCGAGCACGUAGUCUUGGGCUUGGUGGUGGAGGUACUGAGGGUGGUGUUUUACUACUUGAUGAAGUAAGUUCGAGUGUCGACAGAGAGACAGAGAAGGUAAUGCAAGAGGUGAUCGGCGUCGAGUUUAAGGAGUACACGGUUGUAGCCGUAAGCCACCACUUGGACAUGGUCAUGGAUUAUGAUCGUGUUGUCGUUAUGGACAAGGGUGAGAUUGUCGAGGUGGGCAACCCGGCCAGGUUGGUGAAGCAGGCGGGGACCAGAUUCGGCGAGCUGUGGAAUAUCGGAGGGAAGUAG